AGGGACGUUCCACUAAUAGUCGGGCGCGUGAUUAUCCGGCGGCGGCGCUCGGGGUUGGAUGGAUCCGGGUCUGGAGAAGGCGAUGUCCUCGCGGUAGCGGCCGCCAUGUCGUCCCUGCUGUUUAUCUGCAGCCGGAGGUUGGUGUCGGACCACGGCUCCCUGCGCAGCGCUCUGCACCUCAUCCCCAAGGAGCUGUACCCCGUGCUCUUCAGAGCCGCAUUCCUGGACCAGAAGACGCUGGCGCUGCAGGAUUUGGUGCAGCGAUGGCCGUUCCCGGUGCUGAGCCUCCAGAAGCUGCUGCAGGGGGAUGGCCGCCACCAGCUCUACGCGAAGGCCAGCAAGCUGUGUGUGCAGAGCGUCAUACUGGGCGUCAUGGCGUACCUGAGGGAGGCGCUGGCUGGGCAGAGGGAAGGGCGACCACUGAGGAAGCAGAGACUGCGGCUCCUGGACAUGACUGGUACCCAUGACGGCGGCUUGGAGCAGCGCCCCGACACCAUGAGUCUCUGGUCCCGCACCGUCACCCUGGCAAAGGCCUGCGUUGAUAUCGCCAGAAGAAGGGAAAUGGCUCAAGUCUCAAAGCGCAUGAAAGGAUCCAAUGAUGCAGCGCUCUCCUCAGCGGGCGGCUCCGUGUGCGUGGCGGUGCGGGCGGAUCUGUUUGUGAACAGCACUUCCUAUGGCGUCCUGCGGGAGGCGCUGCUGGUCGGCUCCGGCGGUCCCCUGUGUUUGCAGUGCAGGGACAUCUGGGCGGAGGAGCUGUCUCUGCGGAGCACUGUGGGACUGCUGGAGCUUCUGGACCCCACCGACCUCCGGCAGAUAGACCUGCGCUAUAAUAACUUGGGUCUGUCAGGUCUGAACGCUCUGCUCCCGUACAUGACGCGUUUCAGUCACCUGCAGAGCCUGAAGUUACCCUACAGCAACAUAGACGUGAGGCGACUCUCACCCGCUGCUGAGGAAGACAUGCAGAGCUUCGCAUCCCACAUCUGCCAGCUGCCUGCGCUGAAGGAGCUCAACCUCGGAUCCUCGCGCCUCUCUGGACGCAUUCAACAGCUGCUCGGGGGAUUGCGGACCCCUCUGGAGAGCGUGGAGCUGGCGUUCUGCUGCCUCCUCCCCGCAGACCUGCACUAUCUCUCCCGGAGCAUCCAUGUCUCAUCUCUCCGGAAAUUGGACUUGAGUGGGAACAACCUGAGUGGCGUCCUCCUGCAGCCCUUCCUGCAGCUCCUGGACCAGGCCUGCUCCUCCCUGCUGUGUCUGGAUGUGAUGGACUGCAAGCUGAGGGACACCACCCUGUCGGCGCUGACACCCGCGCUCUGCCGCUGUCGCUGCCUGCGCUACCUUGGGCUGCUUGAUAACCCGUUAUCUGGUCAGGGCAUCAGAACUCUGCUGCACAGCUCCCUGCACCUGGCCGACCUGCAGCUGGUGAUCUACCCGCUCCCGCUGGAGUGUCACCCGGGUUCGGCCGAUGAGUCCGGUCCUGCCGUUAUUGGAUUCGUAGACUGUGAUAAAGAAGCUCAGUUUAAGGCAGAAGUGCAGGAGGCGCUGGUGAGAGCGCAGAGGACGGACGUGGUGUGGACUGCGGACAUGGUGACUCGCCACCCGCCCGAGUAUCUCAGCUUAUAGCCACGGGGGGAGCGAUCACCCCGGGCUUCUUCUACGUGCAAUUAUUCUCACCUAUAAAUGACCGCCAAAGUUCAAGCCACCGACAGCGCCAAAUGUGUUCAGAGUAAUGUAGUGGAGUAUGACAGGAGACGGGGCCACACCACCCGAAAUCCAGCUGGAUCCUGUGGCCGUGGCAAGGAGAUGGG